CCCCGUUUUAUCUCUUUUUGAUAUCUCCGCCUUUGACACCCCUUGGAACUGAAUACAGAAUGGCGGCCUCGGCCAUUUCUCGCACUAUAGUUGUGGUUGGAGCCACAGGCAACCAAGGAGGUGGUGUUAUCCGUACACUGUUGGACUCCAAGACACCAGAUGGAGGUUUAUGGCAUAUCCGGGGCCUCACGCGAGACCCCAAUUCAGCCAAGGCGCAGAAAUUCCUGGCGGACCACCAGACCAGCGACAAACGCCUUUCCCUCGUCACCGGGCACGUGUACGACAGAGCAUCCCUCAAAGACGCUUUUGCGGGCGCAUAUGGCGUGUUUGCCGUGACGUCCGAGACCCAUACCGGAAGGGUUCUAGAGAAGGAAGAGGAGAUGAAGCAUGAGAUUGACGCUGGGCGGAACAUGGUCCUGGCGGCCGAAGAGUGUCAAGUCAGGCACUUUGUCUUUAGUAGUUUGCCGGAUAUGAUCAAGGCAACGGGGGGUCGGUAUCCGAAUAUCCAUCACAUGAACAACAAGCUUGAAGUCGAGAAAAUCGCCAGGGAGCGGCUUAGCGGGGUGACGUGCCUUAUUCCAGGGUUCUUUUAUACUAAUCUGCGUUGGCCUCAAUAUUGUGACCGCAGAUCGGACGGGGUCGUUCGGUUCCGUAUUCCUAUUCCAGGGGGCCAGGUUGCACAAUGGACUGAUCCGAUCCACGACAUGGGUAUUUUUGCAGCGAAAGUAUUCAACUUGGGGGUCGAGAAAACCCAUGCAAAGACUUACUUAGUCCUAAGCCCUAGAGUCACACCCAAUGAGAUGGUGGAAACCUUCACAAGAGUCACUGGCCAACCCGCGGUUCACGACCCAUUAACUGCAGAGGAAUUCGGCGAGAUGACGGUUCCCCGUGUUGGACCGGCUUUCAAACGAGAUGCCACGGAAAUGAUGGAAUGGGCAGCUGUGGCGCCAGCAGACAGGAUUUGCUACGGGGCUUUUACUGAGGAUCAGGACUACUCCUUCGAGGAGCUUGGUCUGAAGGCUUCCUCUUUUGAGGAGUGGCUUCGCCGCAGUGGAUGGACGGGUCCAGCGUAA